AUGGAUCCUUUGAUGGUUCGAGAUGAAGAGGCUUCUGAUGACAGUGUGCGAUCGUAUAAUCUGCCCCGUGUGUUCUUAAAUGCACAAGAUGUUAGACAUUAUGCACGUCAUGGUCAUCGUUCUCUCGGGUUUGGAAUGUGUUAUAUUAUGUGUAGUCCAAUUGCCAAAAUGGCAAUGGUUGUGAUUACAUGGAUUGUGAUUCGUCGGGCGGGGAUUGCGGAAGUGAAACCCCUGAAUCAUCCGGUGUCUGAUGAUGAUUUGGUUGGCGAUGAUGAUCGCUGUUUUGAUGCUGAAUGUGAUGAACAUGGUGGAUCUGACAGUGAUGAAAGUCUAAGCGAUGAAGAGUCUGGCGAUGAUUCUGCUGCAGAUAGUGCAACUGUCGAUGGAUAUAUUAGUGAAGAUGAUUGGUAUUAUAUUGGUUGUAACCGAUGUAAUAAAAACGUUGAGCCAUGCGAGGACAUUUCCGGUUAUGAUGGACCUCCCCUUUUCGAUUGCUUGGAAUGUAAGAAAGAUGUUUCGGAUGUUGUUGCACGAUAUCGUAUUAUCGUACACGUCUCAGAUUUGGAUGGAGAUGAGGCUCGGUUCAUGCUCUUUGAUAGUGUCGCUGAAACUGUUCUUGGGAUAUCGACAGCUGAUUUAGCCAAGAGGCAUCAUGAGGAGUAUCUUUUCAAGAUUGGUGUUGGUGUCGAUAAUCUGAAGAGUAGAAAGGCGCCAUAUAUCGUAGAUAUAAUGAGUUCUGAUUAA